CAGGGUUGCCGCUUUUUUACUUAUUCUAUGUGUAGAUUCUUCUUCAGUUGUUCGGAUUUCGAUUGCGUCCUAUUUCAAGCGAAAAAUUCCGUGCAAACAAUAAACUCAUCCGUAACAUCAUCCGACUGUACCCUUCAACAAGUACCCCAAGGAUAUACCUACCCGGAUGAAGGUAGCGUUGGAUAGCUCGAACGUGUAAUUAACGUCUAGUAUCUGUCGAUCUGAUACGUUCGUAGUGCUGGUAAAUGGUUUAUGAGGGGGGCGUAGAAACGAGGGUAAACAUGCGGAAGAAUAUGUACAGGUAGCCGAUAUCUACCUGGGCCAGUUUGUGGUGAUUUUUUCGGCCUGUCGAGUGUGACUACGUCGGUUAUAAGAAAUGUGUAUGUAAUAGAGACGGAUCAGACCGAGAGUUAAGAGCACACUUUUAAAGUAUAAGGAGCUUCGUAUUCGAAUAGGCAACGGGCCUCUCUUUCACGGGAGAUCAUGCAUGCGGAGGCUCAUAAAGAUGCCAGCGACAUCAAAGAGAAUGUAUCGCUUCAGAAUCAGUUGGGGAAGAUCGAUGAAGAGGAAGGGAUGAUCUCUCGAGGCAACAAGGUUCACAAGGAUGAUCUGCUCUACGGCCUUGAAGAUUCGCCACCGUGGUAUCUUUCCGCUCUGCUUGGAUUUCAGCAGUACUUAAUUGCAUCGUCGGGAUCAUUGAGUUAUCCGUUUAUGUUGGCACCUGCAAUAUGUAUGAGAGAUUCAGAUCCAGCAAGAGGCUACCUCAUAUCAACUAUCUUCUUCAUCUCUGGCAUUACUACAAUUUUUCAGACAACCUUCGGUAUCAGACUGCCAAUUGUGCAGGGCUGUUCGGUAACGUUCCUAGUGCCCAUCGUCGCAAUCAUGUCUCUGCCUGAGUGGAAAUGCCCCACUGAGGAACAAAUAAUUGCCGCUCGUUUAAACAACUCUACCGGACCUGUAACCGAUGACGAAUGGUCACUUCUAUGGCAAACACGAAUUCGAGAAAUCAGUGGUGCAAUUAUGAUUGCAUCAGUUUUUGAGGUACUGCUCGGGGCUACGGGCAUAGUGGGUUCGAUUUUAAAAUGGGUUACACCGCUGGGAAUCGCGCCGACAAUCGCGCUUAUUGGUCUGUUUCUUUUUGAAGAGGCCGCAACGCUCUGCUCGAAGAACUGGGCUGUUUCUAUAAUGGCUAUCGUGUUGAUGACCCUGUUCUCACAGUACCUGACGAACGUAGAAUGCCUGCUACCGUCUGUUAAUAAAAAUGGACUUACAAUGAAACGCGUGGCCAUCUUUAAAAUAUUUCCGAUAUUAAUGGCUUUAGCCGUAUCCUGGGCAAUCUGUGCGAUUUUUACCUUGACUGAUUACUUCGGACCCACGAAUUUGGCCCGCACCGAUCUCCGCGUAAACAUUAUCAGAGACAGCGCUUGGAUACGACUGCCUUAUCCUGCCCAAUUCGGAGGUCCUACUUUCACAGUGGGGGCUGUAAUUGGAAUGUUAUCAGCCAUCCUAGGGUCUAUCGUUGAGUCAAUUGGCGACUACCUGGCCUGCGCUUCCCUGGCCCGAGCUCCACCGCCCCCUAAGCAUGCCAUAAAUCGCGGCAUCAUGUCCGAAGGCGUGGGUUGUAUUUUAGCUGGAGUGUUCGGGGCUGGCUGUGGACUCACCUCGUAUUCUGGAAAUAUCUCAAUUAUUGCAUUAACUAAAGUCGCGUGUCGUUCAGUUAUCAAUUGGGCAGCUGUCUACAUGAUUAUGUUCGGCAUCGUUGGGAAAGUGGGAGCAACAUUUGCUACUAUUCCCGACCCAGUUAUCGUCAGUGAGCAUACGGAUCAGAAAUUAUAGCAAACAAAGUGAAUCUACUGCUUGCGUCGACGAAUCCACCAUCAUGCGGAGGAUGUAGCAGCCGCCACGUCCAAAUGAGUCAGCAUUCUCUAUUAAUAUUGCUUAUAAACGACUUGUCUUCAAUUAACUUGUUCUUCCUUUCUUGAAAAACGAAAACUUACUCUCGUCAGGGUUAAGCUUGUACGGGCACAUACCGAUACAUAAUGCAUAUAUAUACACAUUAGGGAGGCACAUAAAAGAAAACAGUUUUUCUUCGUAUAUGGGAAUUCGGGACAAGCCAGACACCGUCAUUAUUAACAGAAUCUCAACUCCAUAGAUUUCCUGACGAACAAACAAAAAACGUUUGGCAUGGCUGGCAUUGUCUCUGGAUGGCUAGUACGCUGCCUAUUCAUAAUAAUAAUAAUAAUAAUGAGCGUAAACACAUAGCAUAGACGUCGGUGCACGAAUUGCACGUCGGACCAUUUCCCAGUGAUCAGUAAAGCUGUCCUCGCCUUAUAGUCCAGACCCGAAAAACGAAAAAAAAAAAAAGAUGCUGUUCUAAACGCUGUUGUGUAUUGUUACUCAUGAAAUAGUGUGACGUAUGUUGCUGGUUAGAAAUGUUUUCAAAAUGUCUCGGAUAACCUUUUCGAUCAUAUAUAUAUCCUUUCAUUGAUAAUUGGGGCGAUAAUUGUUGUUUAUUUUUUCUUUGCUUAUGCCCGCUUACGACCCGCUGCCUACU